AUGUGUCCGAACGCGCUCCAGAGUCGGGCGCGCGGGCGCACUCUCAACCGCGCGCGCCGUGUCGCGUCCUCGUCCGUCAUGUUGACCACGGACGUCCUCAUGCAGAAGGACUUCAUCGUCGCCGCGGGCGCGAUCGGGUUCAACUACGCGGUCACCAUGGCCAUCAUCUUCGUGAACAAGUUUUUGUUCCUGAAGACCGCGUUUCCGAUCUUGUCCCUCGCCGCCGCGCACCUGUGCGUGACGUCUCUGUUCACGCGCGCCGCGCACGCGGGCGGGAUAUUCAAGCUCAGACACGCGGAGUGGGACGCGCAGAUCUUCGCGAUCGCGUGUCUGCAAGGCGGCGCGAUCGCGCUCGGGCAAGCGUCGCUCAAGAUGAACUCCGUCGGGUUCUUUCAGGCGCGUUCUAUACACUGGUCCCCAUACGACCGCGUCCGCGUGGUGAACGCCAUCACGAAACAGAUGCAAGUGCCGCUCGUGGCGUGCAUCGAAUACGUCAAACUCGGGAGGAAGAUCACGCGACGGAAGAUCGUGCUCCUGUGCGCGAUGACCGCCGGCGUCGCCGUCGCGUGCGCGAGCGACGUGACGUUCACGUUCGUCGGCGCUUUCAUCGCCGCCGCCGGCGUCGCGUGUACGUCCGUGGAGAUCGUCUUGUAUUCGCACCUUCAACAGGCGCACGGGUGGGAGACGCUGCAGCUGCUGUACAACACGAUGCCGUACUGCAGCGCGUUCAUGUUCGUCCUCGCGGGGUACCAGGACUGGGGGAUCUUAAAGGGGUGGCUCGCUUUAGGGGGGGCUGGGGGGGUAGGCGGCGGCGGCGGCGGCGGCGGCGGCGGCGGCGGCGGCGGCGGCGGGAGCGGGAGCGGCGUCGUCGUCGAGACGGAAGGAGGCGGGGAGGCGGCGGGGUUCAGGAUGGACGGCACCGGGGGUUUCCUCUUCGCGUGUUCCUGCGCGCUCGGCCUCGCGGUGAACGUGUCGUCGUGCUUCGUCGGCGGGAAGGCGUCCGCGCUGGUGUACUCCAUGCUCGGCCUGGCGAAGACGAUCACGAUCUUGAUCCUCGGCGUGAUGUUCUUCGACGCGCCGCCGAGCGCGCGGCAAGACGCCGGCAUCGCCGUCGCCGUCGCGAGCAUCUGCUGGUACACCGCGGUGACGCUGGAGGAGAAGAGGAAGGCGGCGGCGACCGCGGCGACGACGAGCGACGUGGGGAGGAAAUCGAACGGCGACGGAGACGCGUCGAAGCCGUGA